CGCUCAUGGUCAAAUAGUGUAAAUGUGAAGUGAAUUAAAAUGGUUAUAAAAAAGGUAAUUCUGAUUAAAAAUGAGUUUUAACAUCGAAGUGAGGAAAAAGCAAUUGCAUAGCUUAAAUCAAUACAUAAAUUCUUCCAAAGAUAAAGUCUCUUCGAUACUGAAUUAUCUCGGUUGGAAUGGAAGGAAAGUACAAGAGAAUGCGGAAAGGAUAAGAUGUCCUUUGAAUGCCAAUCAUAGAGUUCCGAUUGAAAAAAUAGAAAAGCACGUUCAGAAAUGUUGCCUUCAGUCUGCUGGAUAUGAUUGCAACGAGGAAUUUCUCUCGGAUCCUCAAGCUCCAUCAUCGAGUUCUAUUACAUUAGAUGUGCCAAAAAAGAUAGAUAUUCUUAACGAGGCUAGGCAGCUCAAUCCCAAAUUUAGACCAGCUUGGAAUGGAUUAGAUCCGGAUCCCAUGACAAGCGAUCGAAUUAUAUCCACGUUUUCAGCAGACGAAAGGCUAGCUCUUUACGAUUAUUGCGUAAAGAACACAGUUGCCCCACCAAUUCCGAAUGAAUUCCUAACGAACGCGGAGGAAAAGGGCAAAAAGGAGGAAUCGUUGACGGAAGGAGAGCGAUUAGAAAAAGAAAGGAACGCCAAAAGACGGCCGGUAAAAUACAAAUCUGUUCAUACGGGCCGCAACAAAAGUCACAUAGAAGUAAUGAGAGAAGUGAUACACAAUCAAAUGGAGCUGUUUCAAGAUUAUUUGAAGGAUAAGAAGAGAGAUGAAGAAGAGGCUGAACGCCAUCGUCAACAAGAAUUAAUGGAAAAAGCGCAAGCUUAUGAGCAAUUUCCACAGAGUGACUCGAAUGUUGUGUAUGAUUAUGGUAUAGAUCCUUUUGAAACUUCUGAUAAUAGUUUCAUGGAAAGUACCAUAAAUGGUAAUGCUAGCUUUAACGUCAAUUAUGAUUAUGACGCAGAUAUUCCCAUAAAAAUAGAAAAAGACUGUUUUCCAAUUGGUUCCGAUAGUAAUAAUCAUCGUGCUGAAUCCGAGAAAAGUGAAAAAAGAGAAGGCCACCGCAAUAGACCCACUUCUCGACAAUUACACAGAGAUCGAGAUCGUCAUCAUAGAAGUAGAGAAAAAGACAGGGACCACAAACGAAAUUACGAAAGAAGUAGAGAAAGAAGGGAUUAUUACUCUAGAAGAAAGGAAUCUUACUCCAAAUCCAUUAGAAGAUAUUAAAAUUACAAACUAAUUUAAAU